CCCCCGCUCCCGGCCCCGCCGGCAGCCGCGCCCCCUGCCCGAAAUAGCUCGGGGCGGAGUCGGCGCGGCCAUGGCGAGGCAACCUGCAAAGACACUGUGGUACGACCGCCCGCGGUACGUGUACCUGGAGUUCUGUGUCGAGGACAGCACAGAUGUGAAGGUCGUCAUCGAGGACCAUCGGCUGGUGUUCAGUUGCAAAAAUGCAGACGGUGUGGAGUUCUACAACGAGAUCAACCUGUACGCCAGGGUCAACUCCAAGGACUCACGGGAGAAGCGCUCUGACCGGUCCAUCACGUGUUUUAUGAGGAAGUGGAAGGAGAAAGUGGCCUGGCCACGAAUCACCAAGGAGAACAUCAAGCCGGCCUGGCUCUCUGUGGACUUUGACAACUGGCGAGACUGGGAAGGCGAUGAGGAGGUGGAGAGGGCCAUGGUGGAGCAGUACGCAGAGAUGCUGGAAAAGGUGACAGACAAAGGCCCCCCGCCAGCCAUGGAUGACCUGGAUGACGACUGAAGCCCGGGCCCCCGGUGAUUCCGCGGCUCCAGGAGCUUCCCGACGCGCCGGUAGCACACACCGAUGGACAGGCAGUGCGGGGAGGGUUCUCCGAGGGAGCGGAGCUGCCUCUGCUCGUGCCCCGCCGCGGGCAGCGCACCUGACCCCCCUGGGCGGCAGAAGCGGUCCGGUCUGCCGUGCCCGGUUACCCGCUCGGGGCAUUGGGCAAUAAACGUGUACUGCCGCA